ACCCUUGGUGCGGCAUUCACAUUGAAAAUGAGGGGGAAACACAAUAUUGCAAUAUGGGAUACAGCGGGGCAAGAACGCUAUCUUGGCCUGAGCAUUUUCUACUGCAGAAAUGCGGACGUCGCAAUCAUGGCCUAUGACGUCACAAGUCGAGAAAGCUUCAAGGCAUUAAUGACAAGGUACGUCCAGUUACUCAGCAUGGUGGACGACUUCGCAUUGAAGGUGGUUGUUGGGACCAAGAUUGACCUGCUAGGCACAAAAAAACGACAGGUUUCUGUUGCCGAAGCGGAAGUAUUCGCAAAGAGCUUAAAUCCUGGCUGGACGGCAGAGAAGGCUCCCUACUUCGAGACGUCGAGUGCAACGGGCGAAAACAUUGACCAGGUCUUCGACUACAUCUUCGAGUACUGCACUCGUGAGCACGGUCUGCUGUCUUGCUGCCUUAACAACGUACAUGAAAAAGACCUGAAGACCGUCACUCUCACACCAAGAACUCUACAGUUGGGCAAGACCGUAGCAAAUUGUUGCCUUUGACGAUAAUGUGUUAAGUGCAAGUGUCCUCUCACUCGAGGUCACUGACUUGCUAAAAUGCAUUUAUGUAAAUAUUCACCUUGCCUGACUCCAGGAGACAAUCGCCGUGCUACGCAGAUGUACUCGAGUACUACAUAACUGCGGACGUUUCAUCUCGAACUGGUACUUUUCGCUGUCUCGACUCUGCACAAAUUGCUGUGAUAUAUUGCAAUGAACUCUUACUCGGACUCUCCUGGUCUCCGAAUGACCAGGCUAUCUUCAUUGUACACACAUCAUAUGUGCACAUGUAACAUAUUUGGUGCAGGCACCACCAUGUCUGUGCAUUUUUAAUCUGUAUAUACGCUAGAUUUCUUAUACACGACGAAACUGUGACAACUGAGAAUGCAUGAGGCAAUAAAAUAAAUGUGGCAUGUGUAAGCUG